AUGGUCGCCUCCAAGACCAUUCUAUCUGUGCUCUCUCUGGGUCUGCUUGGUACAAGCCGAGCAUACAGCCGAGGUGAAUGCCAACAUCCAACUCAGAACCCACUCCAAGGUUGUCCACAAGGGACCUUACUCGUCGGUCCCAAUGCAAAAUUCACGAGCAUCCAAUCUGCCGUGCUUUCUAUACCGAACAAUACUGUCCCCUACUAUAUCCUCGUUCUGCCCGGCAACUACACUGAACAAGUCAACGUCACUCGUCCAGGUCCCUUGACACUACUCGCUCAGACCAAGUUUCCUAACGACAACACCAAGAAUACAGUCAACGUGAUUUGGCACAACGCUACAGGAACCGCCAGUACAGGGAGCUACGACAACGCAUAUACAUCUACACUCACGGUAGCGCCGACUUUCAACAGUAGCCUGACUGGCAGUGGACCGACCGGCAAUCAUGUGCCCGAUGGCACACCAUUUGGCAACACAGACUUCAGAGCUUACAAUCUCAACUUCAUCAACGAUUACUUGCCAUACUCUGCUGGACCUAGUUUGGCUCUGAGUGUUAGCUAUGCAAAUGCCGGCUUCUACUACUGUGGGUUCUACAGCUACCAAGAUACUCUUGGCAACACGUAUAUCCACAACAGCACCAUAGCCGGCCAAACAGACUUCCUCUACGGCUUCGGCACCUUGUGGAUCCAAUCCUCCCUCCUCAGUCUCCGCAACUGCGGCGGUGGCAUAACAGCCUGGAAAGGCACAAACACGACAUUCGUCAACCACUACGGCGUCUACAUCCACGAUUCGUCUGCGCGCGCUGCAAACAGCUCUCUCGAUAUUGUGGGAAAGUGCGCAUUAGGACGACCUUGGAAUGCUGGCCAUAGAAGCAUUUUCGCAAAUACCUAUCUGGACGACUCUAUUAUGCCUGGAGGUUAUAUCAAGUGGAGUGCGUCUGACCCGAGGAUAUCGGCGAAUACGACAAUGGCAGAGUACAAGGACUUUGGGCCUGGGUGGAAUGCUACUGGUAGAGCGGCGGCUAAUGUUACGAUUGUCAUGACGGAUGAGCAGUAUGCUCCUUACAGCACGUUGGAGAAGGUGUUCCAGUUUCCCUUUACAGGCAAAUUUGGCAACACCAAGUGGAUUGAUAGAAAGUCGCAGGUGCACGGAAAUUGA